AUGCGCCGAUUCUCAGGUUAUAUUUGGCCAUUUGCACGAUCUGCUCCUGUUAUACCAGACCUGGUUGCAAAAGACCUCGCCUACGCCAAUCAGCCAGGACAUGUCGGCGAUAUCUCCCAGCUUCUUGAUACUAAGGGCAUCGUCAAAGUGACCCUUAACUUUAAGGAUGAAAGCAGCGAUUAUCUCCGCAUCCUAAUCCGGAAGCUGCACCAAAACUAUGGUCACGGACUCCCAAUUCGACACAGCGCAUCUCGAGGCUGGUUUUGGGACGUUCGGCCCACAGCCCAAAGAGCAGGUCAGCUGGCUCGAUCCGAAACCACGAAGGACUUCCCUUGGCAUACGGACUGCAGCUACGAGAGUUCGCCACCACGAUUCUUUGCGCUCCACGUCCUACAGCAUGAUCGGUGUGGUGGGGGGACGCUGUCUGUCAUGAAUGUGGACAGUGUCAGCCAGCUCCUCUCUCCUAGCACCACUACCGCCCUCUGCAAGCCCAAUUUUCGCAUUGCUACGCCUCCAGAAUUCACGAAAGAUAAUCCUCAUGGCUACAUUGUUGGCAGCCUCUUAUUAGUCAGUGAGACUCCUGCGCCUAACAUAAUCCGGUUCCGUGAAGACAUUGUGACGCCUCUGAACAUGGAGGCAGCCAACGCACUGACAGAGUUGAAAAAAGCUCUGAAAGAACCGCAAGCCCAAGAACAAACCAUACAUUUCACAUCAGCACACUUACCUAGCGGAUCCAUUCUGCUGAUAGACAAUUACCGGUGGCUGCAUAUGCGCGAUGAGGUCAAAGAUAAGGGCCGGCACCUUCGCAGGGUCAGGUGGAAUGCGAUGCCAUUUUAUUGACCAUGAAAGAGCAGGGAUGUACGUACUUGAAAGUCCAAGAAUGCUAUGCAUUGUUUAUAA